AGACCACAGAAGCAGCUGCCAAACGGCUGCGUUGGACAGCGGGGUGGCCAAGCAGGGCCCUGCAGGCAGGGCAAGGGUGACAAUCCCUCCCCCAGCGGGACGGGCACGGCCGUGGGAGCCCCCUGGGUGGCAGCAUGGGUGGUGGGAGGGCAGCAGACCCAUGAAGAUCCUCGGAGCUGGGGCUCAGGAGCAAAGCUGUCCCGGCUGAGGAGGAUCCAGGAGCGGGGUCGUGGCCGGGAGAGCCCCACCAGGGCUGGGCAGUGCCAGGGGAUCCCGCAGGACCUGGAUGCUGGAGGAUGAAGCCGUGUGGGGCCGGUGGCUGGGUGGUGCUGGCGCUGAUGACCCUGUCCCUCAGCUUUGCCGCCGAGGAGCUGCUGUGUGCCUGUGACGUGCCCCACUGCAGCCAGCCCAACUGCACGGGCAAGGUGUGCUUCGUCAGCAAGAGGAGGGAGGAGGGCACCAUCACCCAGCACCGGGGCUGCUUCUCCCAGAACAUUCUGGAGCACUGCCACACGCCCGUGACGGAGCAGUACGGCAUGAGGUGCUGCAACUUCCACAUGUGCAACGCCAAGAUGGAGAUCUUCCUGCAAGGAGAAGAUGCCCUGGUGAAGACACCUUCCCUUCCCAACCUCCUGCUGAUGAUCUUCGUCCCGCUGCUCUCCCUCCUCCUCCUCGCGGCGCUCGCGGCGCUCUUCUGCUGGAAGGUGGCCCAGCACCGCCACAAGCACAGCGACUUUGGUGACACUGACCUCAUGCUGAAGGCUUCCAUGAUGGGAGACAGCACCUUGGAGGACCUGCUGAACGACGACUGCACCACGGGCAGUGGCUCUGGGCUGCCUUUCCUUGUGCAGAGGACGGUGGCUCGGCAGAUCACCCUCAUGGAGUGCGUGGGUAAAGGGCGCUACGGCGAGGUGUGGCGGGGCGUGUGGCACGGCGAGAGCGUGGCCGUCAAGAUCUUCUCCUCCCGGGACGAGCAGUCGUGGUUCCGUGAGACAGAGAUCUACAACACCGUCCUCCUCCGGCACGACAACAUCCUGGGUUUCAUCGCCUCUGACAUGACCUCCAGGAACUCGAGCACGCAGCUCUGGCUCAUCACGCACUACCACGAGAACGGCUCCCUCUACGACUACCUGCAGAGGACAGCCCUGGACGUGGACACCUGCCUGGGCCUGGCCUCCUCCAUCAUCUGCGGCCUUGUCCACCUCCACGUGGAGAUCUUUGGCACGCAGGGCAAACCUGCCAUCGCCCACCGCGACCUGAAGAGCAGGAACAUCCUGGUGAAAAGCAACCGGCAGUGCUGCAUCGCAGACCUGGGGCUGGCCGUCAUGCACUCCCAGGGCAGCGACUACCUGGACAUUGGCAACAACCCCCGCGUGGGCACCAAGCGCUACAUGGCCCCGGAGGUGCUGAGCGAGCAGAUCCGCACCGACUGCUUCGAGUCCUACAAGAAGACAGACAUCUGGGCCUACGGGCUGGUGCUCUGGGAGAUCACCCGGAGAACGGUGGUGAACGGCAUCGUGGAGGAAUACCGCCCGCCCUUCUUCGACGCCGUGCCCAGCGACCCCAGCUUCGAGGACAUGAAGAAGGUGGUGUGUGUGGACCAGCAGACCCCCGUGAUCCCCAACCGCCUCUUCUCCGACUCGGUUCUGUCGGCGCUGGCGAAGAUCAUGAAGGAGUGCUGGUACCAGAGCCCCUCGGCCCGUCUCACCGCCCUGCGCAUUAAAAAGACGUUGAAGAAGCUGAGCAAUUCCGUGGAGAAGCCAAAACUGGAGCAGUGAGUGCCGGGAACCGGACACCGGAGCCACUGGCGGGCGGCACCGGGGACGGCAUGGCUCCGGUCACCGAGGGGAUUCGCUCACAGCUCCCGCCUCCCCCACUCCUCCUUCGAGCCCGUUGAAUUUGCAAGCACGAAAAAAAUAGGAAAAAAAAAAAAAAAACAAC